AUGGCGUCGAGGGAAGUCCCACUUGGGUCGCCUCUGGGCAAAACGAAGGAACCUCCUCCUUCUCUCGAACUCUUCAGUGACGUCGGCGGCGGAAGGAAUUUCCCGCCGCUCGUCGUCGCGGUCAUCCCCGUCCUCGUCGGCGCGUUUCUGCUGAUCAGCUACUACUACACCAUCGUGAAGAAGUACUGCGGCACUUUGGACUCCCCGUGGCGGCGCUCCGGCGGGGGCAGCGGCCAAGAGUUCUACGACGAUCGCUGGCGCGAAGAAAGAUGGGAUUUUUCGGAGUCAGAUGGACUCGACGACGCCUCGAUCGCCAAACUCUCGGUCCGCGUUUACGGUUCCGGCGACGGAAUCGUCGGCGCCGCCGAUUGCUCGGUGUGCCUGGGGGAGUUCCGGGAGGCGGAGCGGCUCCGGUUGCUCCCCGUGUGCGGCCACGCCUUCCACCUGCGCUGCAUCGACGCGUGGCUGAAGGCGCGCGCCAAUUGCCCCCUUUGCCGGGCCAACGCCUUGCCGGUGACUCCGAAGCCGGAAUCGCCGCCGCCUGUUGAACCGGUCGUUGCCGACGGCGAGGCGGCGGCGAUAUUGGUCGGAGGCGAGGAGUUCGGAGUCAUGAGGCGGUCGAUGUCGAUGGAAUUGGCGCACGAGCAGCGUACUAUGAGCUCUGUUCCUUUGAAGAGAUCCUUCUCGGGUGGAAGGUUGACGGGAAGCAAUUCGAUGCUUCCUUUAUGA